AUGCGAUUUCACCUUAUUAGCAUCAUCCUUGCCGCCUGGAGUACAGGGGUUAGGGCGGCGACAGGAAAAAUAUCUGUCAAUACAAAGGCAUUGAUACUUGCAACAGAUGGUUCCGGAAAGGCUGCAAUCGGUACCUUAAACGGCUAUGGAAUACCUUACGAUAACAUCGUGAUGACUGAUUCUGGUUAUACCCUCCCAACUUUAACUAACAGUGACGGAUCUUGCAAAUACGGAGUUAUUGUAGCAUUUCGUCAACUCUAUAAUUCUAAUUCUAAAGGCAGUUGGGUUUCCUUUAUUGGUUCGGAUCAAUGGCAAAAGAUUUAUGAUUACCAAGUAGCUUGUGGCGUUCGACUAAUUCACCUGGGAGCCGUGCCAAACCAAUGGGACUUCGCCUGUUCACUCGUCAGUAGCAAUGACGCUACUGAAAGCAACAGUCUCUACUCGACGAAUCAUCAGUUCUUUCUCGACAUAGAUGUUGCCAAGGCUGAAUUCCCAACAGCGAACCUUAAAAACCCCAAGAAUGCCCGUUUUGCUAGCACAUGGCAUACCCCAGGCUGGUGCGACGAUACAUUGUUGCAAUAUGCUUGGGGGAUGACAUCCCAAAAUGCUUUUCUUUACAAUGAGCCCCUCAAGUUGACAAAUCCCGCCUCUGGAACUUUGGCAACCGUUUCACAACCUGCUCUAGGUGUGAUCAAUCGAUAUAGUUCUGGGCGCGAACAAAUGGUCUUCUUCACCACUUUUGCGCAAUGGGCUGAAGCAUCUAUCUACAUGAACCAUAUUUGGAUUAAUUGGGCUUUUAGAGGCAUUAUCCCUGGCCGGAGACAAGUUCUUCUAGGCUUACAAGUCGAUGAUCUGCUCUUACCUACCGCUGUCUAUGCAGCUAAUUAUACCUACCGUAUCACUGUCGAUGAUGUGGUUAACCAUGCUAAGUGGCAAGUUGACCUCAACAAACGCCUGGCGGCAUCAAAUCCUGGUAGUGAGGUUUUCUUGGAGUUCGGGUUUAACGGAAACGGGGCUUUUAUCUAUGAUCAGACGGUCCUCGGACUGGACAAAAAUGGGACUUGUCCGAUCUCAGUUACUUACACUGGCCCGCAACCAGUAACCUCUCUUGAAUAUGCGAAGCCUCCUGGGACUGGUAGCGAUCUUUGGCCUGCCAACCAAACAUACAACUGGCCGGAUAAAUGCAUCUUUUAUGAUCCGAUAGCCAAAAUGUUUUCCCAAAAUAACACAGGAGGAGAUAAUAUCAACGGCGUAUCCGACCUUUUCGCCUUGGUCUCUCAUACAUUUACGCAUGAGGGUGAAAACCCAAUUACUUACGCCGACUCAAAGAGGGAAAUUACCUAUAAUCAACUUUUCCAAGCAAAGUCUCUGUUCGACAAGGCGAAAAGAUUUAGCCCGAACGGUGUCAUUCCUCCAGCAAUUACCGGCUUGCACAAUGCAGAUGCCAUCAAGGCGUGGAUGGAGGCAGGUAUCAACUAUGUCGUUGGAGACAAUACCCGGGCUCCUUUGAGGAAUCAGCAAAGUGAUCGCUGGCCAAUAAUCUCGACAGCAGCUGACAAUGGGUUCCCUGGCCUUGUUAUCAUUCCCCGGUGGGCGAAUAGGAUAUACUACAAUGCGGACGGAGUUGCUUCUGAUGUCCAAGAAUGGCUUGAUGUAUCUCCAAGCCAAGCAACAAAUAGCAUGGCGAGCCUACUUAGUAUUGAAAGAGCUACUACAGCUCAGUAUUUACUAAGUCUCUACCAUGAUCCUUUCAUGUUUCAUCAGGCCAAUUUGCGAGUUUGGCAGGACCCAGGUGUUUCUGUCAAUGGCGUGGCAGGACCCUGGUCCUUGAUACAGAUGUGGACUGAGAGUAUUCUGGACGAAUUUGUUCAAUAUGUUAACUGGCCUAUCCAAGGGUUGAAGCAUGACGACAUUGGGAGAGAUUUUGUUGACAGAAUGAACCGAGACCUAUACAGCGGGUUUUCUGUUGCAUGGACAACCUCGAGCGAUGGAACGAGUAUUACAGGGUUUACUGUUGACUCUAGCAAUUCGUCUUGGUCAGGGGAAAUUCCUGUUAUGAUUCCUGGGGAUGUUGUCAAUUUAUCGGGGGCUCGAACCUCGCAAUAUGGAACCGAUCCUUCGACUUUAUGGGUUUCCAAAUUCCCAACUUCCUUCGAACUCAGAACGCCGAUUAAAAUACAGGGCACUAAAGUUAAUAUCACUUCAGCGGCUAUUUCGCUGACUACAGCUCUACCGUCACUAACGCUCCCAACGACAAGUCUCGUUGGAUCUUUCCCGGUAUCUAAUAUUAUUUCCGCAAAGUCGACUUCUGCGGCAUCUGCGUCCCUCUCUUCCGUCGCAUCCGCCAAAAGUAGCAGUGCGAGCGCCAGUGCUAGUGCCAGUGCUGCAGCGAAGUCCGUAAGCAGCACAAGCACAGCAAAACUAACUAGCGCAAGCACAAGCUCGGCAAGGUCAUCAACUUCGAGCACAGGCAGCACAAAAGCUUCAUCAGGUUCUAGCUCUAGUUCGCUCAAAGCUAGCUCUACAACUUCCUCAGCGGCUGCUUCCUCGACUGCAACUAGCGACUCGGACGUGUCUCGCUUCCUCAACACCCUCUGUGCUGACAGCACAACCGCAGCGAGUGUCGGAAAUCUCUGUACACUCUGGAAUGCGUUCAAGCAAACCGGGAAGAUACAGAAGAGACUAGUUCUUCCUGAAGGUGCGCCAGUGUAUGAUUGGGACGACGAGGGCGGGCACCCCGAAGCAGUUCCAAGAUGGCGUAAGCGUGACAGCCAUCAAGCCCACGGGCGUCACAGCAAACGACAUCAAUAG